AUGCCCAAAUACAACUUCAAAGUCGUCGUCGUCGGCGGUGGCCCUACCGGCCUGGCCCUCGCUAACAUGCUCGAGCAGCUGGAGAUCGACUACAUCCUCCUCGAAGCCCACGCCGACAUCACCCCGCGCAUCGGCACCGGCAUCUUCCUGUCCAACUCUCUCCGUGUCCUAGAUCAGCUCGGCUGCCUCGACGCCUUCUACGCCGGCGCCGACGAGGUUGACGAUCUGAGCGUCACCGUUGAUGCUGUAACCAUGUUUUCGCCCGCGACCGCCGAGCACUUUAACCAGAGUUGCCACAGACAACACUUGCUCAACGUGCUCUUCAACAAUCUCAGAGAUCAGUCCAAGAUCCUUACGAAUAAACGAGUCGGCCAAAUUGUCGAGACUGAGACCGGCGUGGAUGUUAUCACCACAGAUGGUGACGUCUAUUCAGGGCACAUCGUCAUCGGCGCCGACGGCGUCCACAGCAUCGUGCGCAAGGAAAUGCGACGCAUGGCCGCCAAGGCAUCUCCGAAUCAUCCACUCGUCACUGAGGAAGACGAUGUCGAGAUCCAAUAUGCAACCUUGUUCGGCAUAGCAUACAUUGACAAACCCUUCCCGCCUCGCCUGCUCGCAAUGGCAGCCAACCAAGGCCGGUCGUACCUCACAUACGGGAAUGCCGAGGGCCGUAUAUUUUGGGGUCUGAUGGAGAGACUUCCAGAGCCCAUCAAGGGAAGCAAGGCGCCUCGAUACACCCAGGCCGAGAUGGACGCGCUCGUAGAAAAGCGCUUCGACGACGAGGUGGUAACCGGCGUCACCCUCGGCGACUUAUGGAAGGGCAGCAGCGAGACCAACGGCAUGCUGCCGCUGCAGAACUGGGUAUUCGACACAUGGCACUUUGGCCGACUGGUCACCGUGGGAGACUCUGCGCAUAAGAUGGUUCCCAUCACAGGUCAGGGGUGCAACAUGGCCAUCCAGGACGCCGCCGCCCUGGUAAACGCCCUCAGCCGACGGCUGGACCAGCUCGGCGACCGGAUUUCAAAGUCGGAGCUCGAGUCCGCCUUCCGCGAGACCGAGACCGCUCGCCAGACACACGUCGAGUACUCGCGGAGCGACGCCUUCGAGAUGCAGGAGUCGCAGGCGAUGCAGAACGGCGUCUUCAACCGCCUCUUCCCGCUCCUGGCCGGGUCCCUCUCUCUUGACGCCAAGCACGAGGUGAACCGCGCCAUCAUGUUCAACACGGCGCGGCUGGACAAGCUCCCGCUGCCGCACCGGCCACACUUUAUACCGUUCGCCGACGAGCUGCCGGCAAAGAACAUCGACAGCGGCCUUUGGAACGCCGGUGCGAUGGCGGCGUAUGCGGGACUGUGGGUUGCUGCGAGGAUGCUCUGCACGACGGAUGACGCGCCGGCCUCGUUCACGAGAAGUAUUCUGCAGCAUCUGACAGGAAGCGGACAAGAUGCGUGGUUAGGUUCUAGGGGCACCGCAACAUCCACCCUGUACAGCACCUCCCUCCUCACCACAGUGACCAUCUACUGGACACUCGAGAGAUACCGCCGUUGCAACAGACAGGCCAUGCUCGGCCCGCUGAUGAAAUACACUGGACUCUACUCCGUGGCCACCGACGUCCUCGGCGCCACCGCCGUGGUCCCGGCCUACCUCGGUCUCACCGAGCUCAAGAACACCGGCGCUGUCGCCAACAUCAUGGUCGGGCGUCCCGUGCGGCCAGCCGUCAUCAAGUCCCUCGCGCCCGCCGUCGUCAUCAGCUUCGCCGUCGCCGCGGCUGCCUUUUGCGUCGCCGCGCGGACCCAACACCCGGCCUCGGCGGCGAGUCUCUGGAGACUCGCGCCGCUCCUGGUCGCACCCGUCACGCAAGCCCUCUACGCGCGGACCAAGGACGAGCAGGCCCUGAAGAACGAUAAGGAGGGCUUCCUGGACGUCCACAACGGCGACCUCCCGUCGCUCAAGGCCCUGUACGCCGUCGUCACGGCCGCCGCGGCCGCCGCACACGUGGGCUUGGUCGUGCUGCCGUGGCUGAGAGGCUCGGCGCAGGCGAGCGAGGUUUUGGAUCUGUUUAGGGCCCGCGAGGCACUCGUCUUGGCCGGCAGUCUCGUCGGCGGCGCUCUGACAAGCAUCGUGAGCACCCGGGCGCAGGGCUACGCGACGACGUGGAGUGCAGUCCGCGCGGGACUCGCGUCCUUGAUCUCAGUUGCGAUGUUCGGACCUGCCGCUGUCUUUACGGCGGCUCGCUACUGGAAAGAAGUCACCACGGCCAGGUACUGCUUCUGGAAGCAUGAGAAGGAUGGCUCUGGGGCAUAA